UGUGAGCACAUGCCUUUAGAAAACAACUAAAAUCUUCUUCUUUACAAGUGCUUCUUCAUCACUUCUUCAAGCUCAAUGCCACCACCAUCUUUGCCGGAAAAUGACGUCGAAAAAUCUCAUCACCACCACUCUCCUCCACCGGCGAAGCCCACAAAGCGAAAGCCUGGCGGUUGGAAGUCCAUGCCUUAUAUUUUGGGAAAUGAAUCGUUUGAGAGAUUAGCCUCAAUUGGACUGGUCGCGAACUUCACGGUGUUUCUAAUGACAGUGUUUCAUAUGGACCAAGUAUCAUCAUCGAACCUUAUCAACAUUUGGUCAGGAGUUUCCAAUUUUGCCCCUCUCAUUGGAGCUUUCAUCUCCGAUGCCUAUGUCGGCAAGUUCUGGGUCAUCGCAGUCUCCUCCUUUGCUACUCUUUCGGGAAUGGUGACCAUGACCUUAAUUGUGGGACUACCAAAAUUGCAUCCACCAUCAUGCACCACUCAACAAGCCCGACUCAACCAGUGUCAAGCUCCAACCAAUAGACAGUUUGGUAUCUUGGUCUUAGCCCUCGGGUUCUUAUCCAUAGGGACAGGUGGGAUAAGACCAUGUAGUCUUCCAUUCGGAGUUGAUCAGUUUGACCCAACCACAGAUGAAGGUAGAAAAGGGAUCAACAGUUUCUUUAAUUGGUACUACACCACCUUCACUAUCAUUGUACUCACUGCCUUGACCCUUGUGGUCUACAUCCAAGACUCGGUGAGUUGGGUUUGGGGAUUCGGUAUCCCAACGAUGCUUAUGGCAUGUUCCAUUGUGUUGUUCUUUAUUGGUACCCAUGUAUAUAUUUAUGUAAAACCCGAGGGAAGUAUUUUCUCUGGAAUUGCUCAGACACUUGUUGCGGCUUACAAGAAACGUAAACUUGAAGUUCCUAGAGGUGAAAAGGAAUUGACUAGAGGGAAAUUAUAUGAUCCACCUAUGAAGGGAAUGUAUGAAGUCCCGAAGUUGCUUCUAACCGAUCGGUUCAGGUGUCUAAACAAAGGAGCUAUUGUAGUAGAUGGUGACAUAAACCCUAAUGGGUCUAGAACAAGUGCUUGGAAGUUGGCUAGUAUACAACAAAUCGAGGAGGUAAAAUGCUUGAUAAAAGUUAUUCCGAUAGUAGCUUCUGGCAUUAUUUGUUUCACCGCGAUACUCCAACAAGGGACUUUCACUGUGUCCCAAGCACUAAAGAUGAAUCGUCAUCUGGGUCCAAACUUUCAAAUACCAGCAGGUUCGAUUGGUGUCAUAUCCAUGAUCACCAUUGGGAUAUGGCUCCCUAUAUAUGAUAGGAUUCUUAUUCCCUUAAUAAGAAAGAUCACGAAAAUCGAGACAGGAAUCACACUCCUUCAGCGUAUUGGAAUUGGAAUUGUGUUUUCUAUUUUAUCAAUGAUUGUUGCCGCAUUUGUUGAGAAAAUGAGACGUGAUUCUGCAAAUUACCACAACCGAGUAGAUGGGGUUGCACCCAUGUCAGUCAUGUGGCUCGCACCACAACUGAUCUUGAUGGGGUUUGCUGAGGCGUUUAGUAUUCUUGGUCAGCUAGAAUUUUACUAUAAGGAAUUCCCUGAUAAUAUGAAAAGUGUUGCAAAUGCAAUGUUCUUUGUGACUGCUGGUGUGGCGAAUUAUGUGAGUAGUGCGUUAGUUUCAAUGGUGCAUAAUGUCACUGGAAAACAUGGGCAACCCGAUUGGUUGACGGCUAAUAUAAAUGAAGCUAAAGUUGAUUACUUUUACUAUGUGCUUGCUGGAUUAGGGUUCUUGAAUUUGGUUUAUUAUCUUGUAGUUGCUUCUCGAUAUAGAUAUAAGGAAAACAUUCGAGAUAUUGAAGAGGAACCACAAUUCGAUGUUGAGUUAUAUGGUAUUAAAAAAUAGAUUAGUUUGUAUUAAAGACAUGCAAUAAUAUUUUCUUUUGUAGUACUAUGAAAAUGAGUGAUGACGGUUGUAGUUAUUACUAAUAAAAGAGUCAUUAAUGUAGUUUCAAUAUUUAAGACAAAUGAAG